GUCAGACUGGGCUCCUCCGGCGUAAAGCACCGCGGCAUCUGUUCCUCCUCCACGACCCUUCGAAUUUCAGGAUCUGUUUCUUCAGUUCCGUUUGCUCUGCUUCCUUUUCUGAUAGUCCAGGAACUCAGCCAUGAAGAUCUACUCGCUCGCCGUCGUCCUUGCGCCUCCCAACAAGUCCGCUGUAGUUUUGAGCAGCGCGUCCGACCUCUCGUCCUUCUCGUUCUACCAGCGAGGCUCCAUCACAGAGUUUAUGUCCUUCUUCACGAAGACCGUCGCGGAGCGGACACCACAAGGACAGCGACAGAGCAUCCAGGAGAACGUGUACACCGCGCACAUCUACAACCGUGGGGGCGCCGAGCAGCUCGCAGCUGUAUUGAUCGCAGAUCAAGAGUAUCCCGUUCGGCCUGCGUUCUCGCUCCUGACGAAACUGCUCGACGACUUCAUCGCCAAGGUUCCCCAGGCGUCCUUUAACACUCCCGCCGCCAUUUCCUUCCCCGAAAUAAAUACCUAUCUGCAGAAGUAUCAGGAUCCCAGGCAGGCUGAUGCGAUUAUGAAGGUUCAACAGGAACUUGAUGAGACGAAGAUUAUCUUGCACAAGACGAUCGAGUCGGUGUUGCAGCGAGGGGAGAAGAUCAACGAUCUAGUGGACCGGUCGAACGAGCUGUCCAUGCAGAGUAAGAUGUUUUAUAAGACAGCCAAGAAGCAAAACUCCUGCUGCCUCAUCAUGUAGAGGACAUGCUACCAAUUGUUCUCUGGUCAAGAGAUGAUGGUCAUGACCCACUAUUGCACGCCCCGCAUCCCCCGACAUCACAUGGACCGCCCCGUUUGCGCCUUUCGACGUAGAUGCUCUGCUCGCUCUGUAUUAGUAUGUCACCGUUCCCGACCGUUCUUGACCGUUCUUGUCGGCAUUAUAC